GCGCACCGCCUACAACUCCCAUGAUGCCCCGCGGCGGGUCGCCGCGAUGGCGGGGGUGUCGCCGCGGUCGGGGCCGGGACCGGCGGUAGGGCGGGAGGUGACCGCCCGCCGCCGGCUCCGGGCCCUUUUCCGACCCGCCUAGGCUGUGCCCACGGGGCUGCAGGGCGGCCCCGGGAGGAGCCGCGGAGGUCCUGCCCCGAGGAAUGGCUGCAGAUGUCCAUAAGAAGAAAAGCUGGGAAGUGCCCAAUGGGUCCCUGGCACCAGGAGAUGGGCAGCACGCAGAGAGGUCUGAGAGCCCCACGCCGGGGCUGGCACAGGGCACGGAGCCAGGGGCGGGCCAGGAGGGAGCCAUGUUCGUGCACACCCGCUCCUACGAGGACCUGACCAGUCCCGAGGACGGGGCGGGCGCGGCGCGGAGCCCGGAGGAGAGACGGGGGGAGCCGGCGGAGCAGAGCAGCAUGGAGCAGAUCAGCAAGGACUUCAGCGAGCUGAGCACACAGCUCACGGGCAUGGCCCUCGACCUGGACGAGGAGAUGAGGGCGGGCAAGGAGGGGAAGCUGGAGCCGUCCCCGCAGACCACCCGCCGUGACUCGGUGCUGUCGGGGAAGGAGGAGGAGGACGUGACCAUGGACGCCUGGCGCUUGCACCGGAAGCACGUGUUCGUGCUGAGUGAGGCGGGCAAGCCCGUGUACUCCCGCUACGGCUCUGAGGAGGCCCUGUCCAGCACCAUGGGCGUCAUGAUGGCCCUGGUGUCCUUCCUGGAGGCCGAGAAAAACGCCAUCCGGUCCAUCCACGCAGAUGGCUACAAGGUGGUCUUCGUGCGGAGGAGCCCGCUGGUGCUGGUGGCAGUGGCACGCACCCGGCAGUCGGAGCAGGAGAUUGCCCACGAGCUGCUCUACAUCUACUACCAGAUUCUGAGCCUGCUCACCUGGACCCAGCUCAACCACAUCUUCCAGCAGAAGCAGAACUAUGACCUGCGCCGGCUCCUGGCUGGCUCCGAGCGCAUCACCGACAACCUGCUGGACCUCAUGGCCCACGACCCCAGCUUCCUGAUGGGCGCCGUGCGCUGCCUGCCCCUGGCCGCCAGCGUCCGGGACGCUGUCAGCAGCAGCCUGCAGCAGGCCAAGGCCAAGAGCCUGGUCUUUUCCAUUCUACUGUCUGGGAACCAGCUGGUGUCUCUCGUGAGGAAGAAGGAUCAGUUCCUUCACCCCAUUGACCUCCAUCUGCUCUUCAACCUCAUCAGCUCUUCUUCCUCUUUCCGGGAGGGUGAAGCCUGGACUCCCAUUUGCCUCCCUAAGUUCAACUCCAGCGGUUUCUUCCACGCCCACAUCUCCUACCUGGAGCAGGAGAUGGACCUGUGCCUGCUGCUGGUCUCCACUGACCGUGAGGACUUCUUCACCGUGUCCGACUGCAAGCGGCGCUUCCAGGAGCGCCUGCGGCGCCGGGGGGUGCACCACGCUCUGCAGGAGGCCCUGCGCACCCCCUUCUACAGCGUGGCCCAGGUGGGCAUCCCUGACCUCCGGCACUUCAUCUACAAGUCCAAGAGCUCCGGGCUCUUCACCAGCCCCGAGAUUGAGGCUCCCUACGUGCAGGAGGAGGAGAAGGAGAGGCUCUUGGGACUUUACCAGUACCUGCACAGUCGGGCCCACAACUCUUCACGGCCCCUGAAGAACAUCUAUUUCACAGGCCCCCGCGAGAACCUCCUGGCAUGGGUAACCAAUGCCUUUGAGCUCUACGUGUGCUACAGUCCCCUGGGGACCAAGGCCGGCGCCAUCAAUGCUGUCAACAAGCUCAUGAAGUGGAUCCGCAGGGAGGAAGACCGACUCUUCAUCCUCACGCCCCAGACGUACUGAUGGGCAUCACCCAGGGCAUGGAGGCAGCUGGGAGAGCCCCCGCUGUGCUGGGGAGCCCAUUCCCAGGGAUUCCCGGGCUGUGUGUCCAGGGGAGAGGGCAUGGUGGGACCCCAGAGCACAGGGAAACCCCACCCGCAGGACUGUCCAGCCUGGUUGCUAGAGAUGGGGUGCACAGGGAAAGGGAAGGGGAUGAACAGGACUUUCUCUCAGCUGCAGGCAGUGCCCCAGCUGGGGGGCCUGCUCUUCCUCCACAGUCCCCAGCUCCAUCCUUUGU